UGAAAAGACAAAUAAUAAAAAUUUACUUUGUACAGCAGUGCGAAUGGAGACUUUUGAGUAAAAUGUUCAUCUCAAGUCAAGGCAUUACCGGUGUCACAAGAAAUCUAAUAAGGAAAAUAUGAGAAGACUAGAGUAUUGUAAGCAUGAACAAUGAUUUAUAUACUUUUUUUUGGGGGUAUAGAUGACAGUUAAGGCUCUGAUAAAACAAGCUGCAGACACUCUUCGUCAGUAAAUUUGCAAAUUAUGCAUCAAUCACAAUCAUAACCAGAAGCUUACAAGAGCCUAUUAUCGGACAUAACUGAUAAAUGGGCUCUUAACACCCAAUACCUAUCAAUGUCCAUGAUAAAACAUAUUGAGAACCAUUUGCUCGAUGUUAUGCUUACUAACGAGUCAGCGGUCAAUUAUGAUGUCUGCCAAGAUCUCCAGUUCUUUGAACAAUUAAACCCCGAAGACGGCAUUUACAGAAAUAAACAAUUAUCUCAUCCUCAGCUCUUGUUAACGGCAAAGGUUUACACAAAAAGACUAACCAUCACACGAUCGGAAGCCAUUUACAAUACCAACAUGAUUUUUUCAUACGUCGAAGCUGUCCUUUCAAUGAUGAAUGAUAGUCAGUACUCGCCAUAUUUCGUGCCAGAGGAAGAUGAGCUUGAGGCAAUGACCAACCAGCUAAAAAAAAAAAUGGGCCAGAAGCCCGAUAAGCGCAAAAUCUACAAAGCUAAUGAUUUUAUUCGUUUGGGUGUCUGUUUUGAUCUGGAAGUGCCCAUUCUUAAAACUGCGGGUGCUUUUGGUCACGAAGACUAUGGAAAAACCGCAUUUGACAAUUCAAAAGACAUGUUUACUUUACUCUUGAUGCCUAAGACCGGCUAGGAUUUCUUAAUGCUAUAAUGUCUUUGCUUUCAGUCAUGUUCCCUGGCACCUUACUGGUGAGCACCUUCAUGGAACAGUUACUUUUGAG